UGUACAACGUCAAGAGCAGGUACGGGUUGCCCAUCUUGAUGUAUUGGCUCUAGGAUACAUCCAGGGGGUUAAUCCUGUUGGGGGAAUUGACGUCAUGGUAUGAGGAGAGAGUUAUUGUAAAAGGAAGACACAUUUUAAAGUAAAGAGAACGUCAUUCUGUAGCCAGCAGCCUUGGGCGUUCUCAAAGGAUAGCCACAAGGGGCACUAUUGCAACAGAACAAUGACAGGCCACGCACUGCUCCAAGAAUUCAGGGCGUGUACCCGUAUUGUCCUGGCCAUCAUGCACCUCAGCAUCUGCUCUAGCGUUUGAUAGAUCUCUUGGUAUCAAUGUAGCCAACAGAUAUGAUAGCGCCCAAACCUUGCUGCACAACGUACAUCAAGAAUCUGACCAUAGACAACAGGAGACUACGUCAUCGAUGAAGAGUUGUGUCAAGACAUAUCUGAACGUCCCGGGGAGUUUCAGAAGAGGUUGAUACAUGUAGCAUUGCUGAAGCGCUAUAGAAGCUAACGGAAGCUUACUGCUUUCAUGAAAAUUCGCGACGUGAAUGUUGACGACUGGAAGCCGUGAGGAUGCUGGAUGGGACCACGACGCUGUUGCUGAUACUGGGGACACUCCUCAUACUGGUGCAAGACAGUUCUCAGGGUGAGAACGAACGACGUCUUCUACGUCACCUUUUUGAAGACACCAACUACAACAAUCUUGAACGUCCUGUAGCUAAUGAGACGCAUCCAGUCAACGUCAGCCUUGGUAUCAUAUUACAGCAAAUCAUUGACGUGGACGAGAAGAAUCAAAUUAUACAUACAAAUUUGUGGUUGCAACUGCUUUGGUACGAUGUCAACCUUGUCUGGAUUCCCGAGGACUUCGGUAAUGUCACUGCCGUUAGAGUCCCGACAAAGAAGAUAUGGCGGCCUGACAUCCUCAUGUAUAACAGCGCUGAUGAGAAGUUUGACGGCACAUUUCACACCAACAUCAUCAUAUCAUAUGACGGCAAGUGUUUGUGGGUUCCCCCGGGGAUGUUCAAGAGCACCUGUCAGAUCGACAUCACAUGGUUCCCCUUCGACGACCAAAAGUGUGACUUAAAGUUUGGGUCGUGGACUCAUGAUGGCCGUCUCCUCAACCUCGUCCCGGACAACGCCACCGGCGGUGAUAUCACCAGCUUCAUCAGGAACGGAGAGUGGGAACUAAUAGGUGUGCCUGUGCGGAGGAACAUCCUGGAAUAUGAAUGUUGCCCUGAAUUCUACAUCGACCUCACCUUCACCAUCCACAUGCGACGGCGCACCCUCUACUACGGCUUCAACAUCAUCAUACCCUGCGUCCUUAUCUCCUCCAUGUCUUUGCUUCUCUUCAUCCUUCCUCCAGAUGCGGGAGAGAAGAUCUCGCUAGGUGUGACGAUAUUGCUGUCGCUGAUGGUGUUUCUGCUGCUGGUGGCGGAGACGAUGCCGCCAACCUCAGACGCCCUGCCGUUGAUAGGUAUCUACUUCGCUUGUAUCAUGUUCAUGUGUUCCUUGUCGGUGCUGUUCACUGUCAUCGUGCUGAACCUCCACCACAGGUCCUCGGACAACCACAGCAUGCCUACAUGGAUCCGCAGUUUGAUCUGCGGCUGGCUUGCCUGGGUAUUGCGCAUGAGCAGACCUGGCCAAGACCCGUUGUCGUCCCGUCGUGUUGUGGCACAACGCACCCGGCUGUACGACGUCAAACUGGAGGAGAAAUCCAAGUCUCUGAUGGCCAAUGUUCUCGAAAUGGAUGAUGACAUUAGAAUGGUGCACAGCAACGGCCUGCCCAUCAAGGUGGACGACGCUGUUCAGUUAACCGGCGUCAGGCACGACAUUAUUUCCAUUCUGAAGGAGCUGAAGAAGAUCACCCUGAAGAUAAAGAAGGAUGAAGAAGAGACGGACAUCAAGAACGAAUGGAAGUUCGCUGCUAUGGUUAUCGACAGACUCUGCUUCAUCAUCUGUGUCAGUCUGACUGUAGGGUCCACGGCCGGAAUCCUGGGAUCUGCUCCUCACCUUCUUGCUUAAUAAGAAGCUUAGGCUCAACACGACCCAGCAAAUAUAACGUGUAGCUUCUUCAACGGAGAGUAUCACUCUCUUUUUUAAAUAAAAAAUAGGCUGGACUCAUCUAUUAUAUGUACUCUACCAUAUGAGAUAUUACAGACAGGAAUUAUGUCAAGGCAAGUGAGGUAAUCAGUUCCUGCGAGAUGACAAUCUUUCUCUGGAACUAGAUGGAGCUAAUACCUUCGACAGUGUUGAUUACAUGAGGUUAUAUGUGAUGUUUACACCUUACUGAUGAUACAGGUAGUGUUGCAUUAAGACAUUCUAUGAGCGCUUCGUUUGACAGCAUUGACUGCAAUACGUUUGUGUGCAGGGAUGUUCACUUUGAUAUGGAAUAUGUGUAAAGGUCGUCCCCUUUGAACAUGUGACCUUUUCUUUAAUGCUCCUGCGUAAACGAAAAAGAAAGAUUUUCAGGAAAUCGGAUGUCAUUAAACACAGAAGGAUACGUGACCACUGCAAAGGCACUCGAUCAACAACGAUAUACUUGAAGAAUAUCGAUUCACAAUUCAUGAGACCAAAGAUUUCUAGAUGAUUACAUUUGAUGCUUGUGGAACACUUAAAAACAGAUGCACUUUAUGUUGAUCUGUGAGCUGAUAUAGACAUGUUAAGCAUUCAUGGUGCACUUUUGUCAACUUAAUUGCUUAAUAUGUGAUGUGUGUAAAUAGUCUGCGGUUUAAUUAGCAUGAUUCAUGAAUAAUGAUAUGUAUUGUUGCAAGCACACACAGACAAAUAAUGAUA